AUGUACCGAUUUCACACCAGAAGAAUAAGAGCCGCUGCUGGACGUGUGUGGGUUUCAAAUCUCCACAAGAUCAGGCGAUCGCUUAAAAAUGUUUACCAGAAAUAUAAGACCCAGCAUUCAUACUCAACUAGCUACCCAACAGUGGCUUCUUAUGACUGUGACCAGGAUGCUUUCAGUUUGGAUGAAGAAAUGAAUCUGACAGCCACACUGCAAGACAUUAAAUCGGGACAAAUGGAACUCCUCAGCCAGAUGGCUGGCAUUGUCAAUGCAAUAUCAAAUAUCCAGGAAAAGAUGGACCAUUGUCAGAAGCAGAUGGAAGUCCUGGAAGUCAGAAUAAACACCAGUGAAGACAGACAAAGCGCAGCCACCAAAGACAUCCUCUCCAUGAGAGAGGACAUCGACACUCUGAAGAAGAAGGUGACGGGGCUGGAAAGCCGGAAUUCUUUCUCCAGUAUACACUGCCUAGAGGUUCUGGAGGAGCAAGUCAGUAAAGAAUUUGUACAACUGUUCCAUAAGCUCCUACAACUAGAAACUCCAAAGGACACAAACCCUAAAAUCUCUUCAGCAGAACUAAAGAGGGUGGUGCCUCAUUAUCCAGAGCCCACUGGUCAGAUUAAGGAAAAAGCAAUGUCUCCUCAAACUAAAACUCCACAGAAAAGUAACAGCCUCAGGAAUGCAUCCACGAUUUGUGAAAAGGCAAGGUCACAUAUUUAUCUUUACCCUGACUUCAGUACAUGGAUCAAGCUCACUUUUGUUCAUGGAGGAAAAUGGAAGUUUUUCCUCAGUGCCACCAAGUUAGAGGAAUUUAUCCAAUGGCUUCUGUCUAGGCCAGCCAUGCUUCCCGAGGAACCACAAGUCACAUCCCAGAGAGACUGUGCCUUCACUGGGCCCAUUGAGAACUUGACCACAAUCUGUCUCUCUCUUUUCAAGUGUAUUUACUCUCUUUUUUGUUCCUCAAAACAGGAAGUAACUCGUCUUUAG